CGGCAGUUCCGACCUUUGGGAGCUCUUUUGGCGGUGCAGCGGCGGCGGCUGGUGGCGCAGGCGCCCCUAGUCCCUUUGGCGGUGCGAGCAGCACUGCAGCUUCUGCGCCAUCGUUCGGCGGCUUUGGCGCGAGUACGGCACCUGCAGCGGCGCCCGCAUUCGGUGGUGCUGCAGCCGCGGCGCCGGCGGCGACAGGGACAGCGGCGCCUGUGUUUGGGGGCACCACGGGCGCUCCGAGCUUUGGGACGACAUCGUCUUCUGGAGGAGCCGCGCCCAGUUUCGGGGCUCCUGCCAGCGGCCCCUGCUUUGGAGCCACCACCACCGCGCCCUCGUUCGGCGCUCAGACCGCCGCAACCACAACCGCUCCUGCCGCCGGCGGGUUUGGUUUCGGAGCCUCCAGUAGCGGCGGAGCAGCACCGCCC